CAGUGAUCACAUUUCUUUAGUUUACACUGUUGAUCCUUGGUCGAAGUAGUUUGCCGCAGACGUCGAGACAUGAAAUUCCCGGUACUGUUUUUGAAUCAUGGUGGAGGCCCGCUGCCCUUGAUGGGCCGGCAGCUCCAUUUAGCAGCCCAUAUGAAGCAAGUCGUUAAACAGCAUCUUCCGUUAGAGAAACCUAAGUCGAUCGUUGUUCUGUCAGCUCACUGGGAAAGCGAUCCAAUUAAGAUAUCAUCCGCCGAAGCACCAAAGAUGUACUACGAUUACAGCGGAUUUCCACCGGAGACGUAUAAAUAUCAGUAUCCAGCUCCAGGGUCUCCCCAACUUGCGACCAAAAUUCACAGUCUUUUCGAGGACAAUGGUAUACCUAGUGAGCUAGAUCCGGCUCGGGGCUUUGACCAUGGAGUUUUUGUACCCUUGAUGCUCAUGUAUCCCGAUGCUGACAUCCCAGUAGUUUGUGUGUCCCUUCACAGCUCGUUGUCGGCUGACACCAACAUGGAAGUAGGGGCAGCUUUGCAACCAUUAAGAGACGAAGGAGUCUUGAUUCUGGGAUCUGGCUAUACGUUUCACAAUAUGCAUGCGUUUUUCAAUCCAAGCCCAGAGACGCACGAAGCUUCCAAAUUAUUUAACGAAUGGCUCAAGACAACCAUCACUGGCCCUGGGAAUGUGGCGACAAAGCUCAGUAGGUGGGAGCAGGCUCCAGGCGCUCGUGUUGCCCAUCCCAGGGAAGAGCAUUUGAUGCCGCUUCUUAUUGUGAUGGCGGCAGGUGGAAUUGGCACCACUCCAAAAGUAAUUUUUGAUUUACCAGAUGACCACGAAAACCAUGCCGUUUCUGGCUAUUUGUUUGAAUGA